AUGGAUGCAAGUGAACAAAUGCAGAUGUUUGUGAACGGUCUUAAAAUAAAGAGCAAACAGCUGAUUGAUAUUGCAGCCUGUGGUUCCACAAAUUUUUCAACAGCCACCGGUAUCAAGAAGAUCAUUGAAGUUAUUGCUGCUAAUGAGCACAUGGAGUUGUAUGAUAGGUGUCAAAGAAAACUAGAAGGGGUUAUAGAUUUAAAGCUGGAAACUAAUAAAAUUCGUAUUGAGGAUAGUAUAGCUGCUGAAGUUGAUAAGAAGCUGAAGGCGAUGAAUAUAGGCACCCAACCGGUGGCACAGGUUCAAUUUCAAGAAGAAACCCGGAACAAUCAGAAAAACACCACGGCAUCUAUAAAGAAUCUUGAAGUCCAAAUGGGGCAAAUCGCUCGGCAACUAGCUUCGAGUUCUCAAGCACAGGGUGCUCUACCUAGUGCAACCGUGACAAAUCCUAGAGAGCAUAAUAAUGUGAGCACGGUGACAACACGAAGUGGUAAAUCUGAUGAAGUUGUUGAGGAAGUGGAUGAAGAGGAAGACCAAUUGAUCGAAGUGCACCUUGAGAUCACAGAAAAUGAAGUUGUUAGAGAAGAAGUGGUAGAAUCGAAACCGGUUGUGAAAGAAACAAUCAUUGAUCCCAAGCCGGUUGUUAAGCUCCCGUUCCCCACUAGAAACAAGAAAAAAGGGCAACAUGAGAAAAACUUUGAAAAAUUCUUAGAGUUGUUCAAGAAGCUAGAAAUUAACAUUCCAUUGUUGGAGGCACUUGAACAAAUGCCUACGUAUGCCAAGUUCAUGAAGGAUAUCAUUUCAAAGAGGCGUACCACCGACAUUAACCCAAUUAUUCUAAUUGAAACUUGUAGUGCUAUUUUACAGGGUAUGAAGAUUCCGAUAAAGAAGAAGGAUCGAGGAGUUGUCACUAUCCCAUGUACUAUUGGAGAUAUGUCGUUCAACAAAGCUCUGAUUGAUAUGGGAGCUAGUGUGAGUCUCAUGUCGUUAUCUAUUUAUAAGAAGCUUGGUAUAGGGGUUGUGCAAGAUACCAAAAUGACACUCCAAUUCGCGGAUCAUUCGAUCAAGAAACCGUAUGGCAUUGUUGAAGAUGCUCUAGUGAAAAUUGAUAAGUUUAUAUUUUCGGUGGAUUUUGUAAUUCUUGAAAUUCCAGAAGAUGAAGAGAUCCCUCUCAUUCUGGGGAGACCCUUUUUGGAGACGGGACGAUGCUUGAUAAACAUAGAAGAAGGAACAAUGACACUGAAGGUUUAUGAUGAGGAAUUGAAAAUUGAUGUUCGAAACACCAUGAGACAGGUGCCAGAAAAUGAACCUAAUUCUGAGUUGAGAGAAAUGUCACUUCAUGGUGCGUGA